AUCGAUCAAUUUGUUCGAAAUCAUCAUUCGAACCAUUUUUUGUUUCAUUGAUCGUUGUUUGUUUAUUUAUUAUUCUCCAUAAUAAAAUUAUUAUGGAGAUAAUACAACGAUUCAAUGCAUCAUUAUCAUCAUUAUAUGAUGAUAAAUUACCAGUGUCAAAGGCAAAAAUAUCUGAAAUAACUAAAACAGCAAUCAAUGGUAUACGUGUUUAUAAACAUAUUGUACAAUCAGUUGAACGUUUUAUACAUAAAUGUCGUCCGGAAUAUAAAUUACCAGCAUUAUAUGUUAUUGAUUCGAUUGUAAGACAUUCACAACAUGAAUUUAAAAAUUCAAAAGAACGUGAUCUUUAUGGACAAAGAUUUAAUAGAAAUUUACAGCAAACAUUUCAACAAUUAUUCUCUACAUGCCUUCCCGAGGAUAAGCCAAAAAUUGUACGGGUUCUGAAUCUAUGGCAAAAAAAUAAUGUAUUUUCACCCGAUGUGAUACAACCAUUAUUGGAUUUAGCUAAUCCAACCAAUACAUUAAUGAUACAGAAUUCAAAUCUAUUGAUGACAAAUGAUAUUAUCAAUGAUUCAUCCAAUGUUUAUUUGGGACAUCAACAACAACAACAACAACAUGCAUCAUCGACAACAACAACAACUACAUCAUCAUCAUCAUCAUCUCAUCAACAGCAACAACAUAGAUUACAUAAAAGAUUUUCAAAUAAUAUUGAUUUAUCAUCACCAUCGAUUAAAAUCAAUGAUGAUGGUCAAGAUUUGCAAAAAAAUCAAUCAUCAGAUUCGAUUAAUAAUAAUAAUAAUAAAGUAUCAUAUGAUCGAAUGUUUUCAGAAGCAUCAGCUGCAUUUAAUGCUAUUAGAAAAUUUACAGAUAAAUUUGAAAAUCAAACAUCAUCAACAGUGACAACAACAACAACGGCAACAGCAAAUUCGAAUAAUGCUGAUCAAGCUUUAGCAUCACAAUUACAACAAUUAGCAUCAUGUUUAUCGAAACAACUUCAACAAGAAAAUCCAACAUUUAAUAAUAAUGUUGAUGGUUCACGUGGAAGAUGUUUUGAUGUUGAUCGGGAAAUUUUGGAUUUAAAUGAUGACGAUGAUGAUGAUGAUGAUAUUUCAACACCAACUGAAGCUGAACCACCAUAUCCAAAACCAUCAAAAUUAUCAAAAAAAUUAAUUACAAAUGAAAAAACAUUGGAUACAUUUGCAGGUUUGAUGCAAAUUUUACGUCAACAACAACAAUCGAUACAAACAACAAACAAAACAUCAUCAUCAUCAUUAGUUGAUGAAUCUAUUACCGGUAAUAAUGGUGAUUUAAUUCAACAUGGUGAUCAUUAUCAACAUCAUCAUUAUGAUAAUGAUGAUGAUGAUGGUAAUUCUUCAGCACAAGAUACAAUAUUGCAAAAAUUUUUCAAAUCAUCUGCAGUUACAUCAGCUUCAGCUGUUGCAGCUCAAACGCAACAACAACAACAAUCAGGAGGAUCAAAUUCAUCGUUGCUUUUACAGAAUCAUCAUGUUCAUAAUUCAGAUUUAUUUGAUUCUUAUCAUUGCCAAAAUCAAUCAUCUAUUGAUCAUACGGGUGAACAAUCUUUGACAGCUAACAAUAACAACAGUAGUUUGAUACAACUUAAUGAAAAUCAACAAUCAUCGAUAACAAAUUCAUCGAAUAAUGAUUUUCAACAACAACAACAAUCGUCGAUUACAAAACUUCGUUCAUCAUAUCGUUCAUCACGAUCACCAUCGAAUGAUGUUUCGGGUAAAAAUGAUCGCCAUAAUAAAGAUCGUCAUCAUUCAUCAUCAUCAUCAAGAUAUCGUCGUUCAUCAUCACGUGAUGAUCAUCAUCAUCAUCGUCAUCAUCAACAACAACAUCGUCGUGAAAGACAUCGUUCACGUGAACAAAGUCGUUCAUCAAAUCAUCGACGAUCAUCACGUUCACGUAGUUCAAGCUUAUCACGUGAUGAUCGUGAAGAACGUGAACGACAACGAGAAAAACGUCGUAAAGGUUAUCCACCAUGUCGUAAAGAUCGUAUGACUAUUUGUAGUACAACAUUAUGGAUUGGUCAUCUUCCUAAACGAACAACUUCGGAAAGUGAACUAAAUGAUCUGUUUGGUGAAUUUGGUGUCAUACAAAGUAUAGAUUUGAUUCCAUCACGUGGUUGUGCAUUUGUUUGUAUGGAUCGACGACAAGAUGCAUAUAAAGCAUUUUCGAAAAUAAAAUCACAAUCAAAAAUUUUAAAUUCCAAUCAAGUCAAAAUUACCUGGGCACCUGGCAAAGGAAUCAAAAAUAAAGAAUAUAAAGAUUAUUGGGAAUCUGAUAUUGGCUGUUCAUUUAUACCGCAUAAAAUUUUAUUAGAACAACAAGAUGAUAUUGAUUUAGAUCUAUUAGAAGAAGGUGGUAUGGUUGAUGAAGAUUCGAUACCGGACCGAUUAAAAGAAUUACGACGAUUAAAACGUCAAGAGAAAAAAGAGAAAGAACUUCUUUUAAAACAACAACAGCAACAAAUGCAAGCUGCUGCUGCUGUGGCUGCAACUUCAACAAAUGCAGCAGCUGUAAUUGCCGGAACUGUUGCAGUGAAUCCUUUGAUUCCAUUUCCUGCCUCUGGUUAUGUUGCUGCACCACCACCACCACCUAUUCCACCACCUUUACCAUUAAUGACACCUCCUACAUCAACAUCGUUUAAAACGAAUCCUCCUCCGUUGCCACCGCUACCACCACCUUUACCAUUAAUGACACCUCCUACUUCAACAUCAUUUCAAACAAAUCUUCCUCAUCCAGUUCCUGUUUCACUUAAUCAUUCGAUUCCGAUGCCAGUUCCACCACCACCGAUGCCAGGUACCCUAUUAGGAUCAUCUGGUCCCUUUCCGCCAAACGUUCCACCACCACCACCACCAUUAAAUCAUCCUAAUAUGUUACCGCCAACAAAUCCAUUGCAUAUUUCGGGAAUUCCAAGCGGCGUUCAGCCACCAAAUUUUCCUGGCGUUAAUCCUUGGAUUCAUAGAAAUUUUCCACCAUUAUCACAGAUUCCACAGCCACCAAACGUAUUAACAAAUUUGAAUCAUGUUGUACGACCAUCAAUGCAUUUAAAUCAUCAAUCACCAGUCCGACCACCAUCAUCAUUUUGUAUAAACGAAACUUAUGAUAACAAGCCAAUUUUUUUGGAUGAAAAGAAAUUUGAAAAUUCUUCUUCUUCUUCUUCGUCAAAUCUACAAACAACACAAAUAGAAAUACAAAAUUAUAAAAAUGAAAAUAUUGAUGAUAAUAAUACUAAUCAUAGUUUAAAUGAAAGUGAAAAUUCUUCUACAAAAAAUUCCAUUAAUAAUAAUAAUAAUGGUGAUGAUGACCAUGGUGACCAUGUCAAUGAUUCUUAUCAGGAUAAUAAUGCCGAUGAAAAUAUGUCCAAUCAUUCAUUCGGUUCGGAUAAUGUAAUAAACAACAAUAUUCAACAUCAACAACAACAACAAAAUCGAAUGAUUCAUAAACGGAAUUUUAAUCAACCAAGAUUCCCUUCACAAAAUUCUCCAAUGCAGAAUGAUCAUUUUCAUCCAUUUUCUUUGCCACCAGAUGGACAUAGAUAUCCACAUCCGCCACCACCACCACCACCACAACAACAACAUCUUCCUAUUAUAGAAGCACCUCCAAUGAUAAAUAAUCAUCGUUAUGCAUCUUCACCUCCUCCGCAUCAUCAACGGCCAAUCAUGUUUGAUAAUAUGGAUUUUUCUCCAAAUUGUCCUCCGCAAAUGCCGCCACCACCACUUUCUCAUCAACAUCAACCUCCUCCUCCAAUUUCUUCGGGUGGUGGUCCUCAUUAUCCUCGAUUUGCACCACCACAGCAACUACCGCCACCUCAUUUUGGAAAUCGUUAUCCACCACCACCUGGUGGCGGUCCAAUGUUUGAUGGUCCUCCGCCAAUGGGACUUCAUCAUCCACCACCACCAGGCCAAGGACCAAGAUUCAAUAAUGGACCGCGAGGACAAUUUCCACCACCACCAAUGAAUCAUCAUCUAAAUCAUAGAGGACAGUUUCCACCACCACCACCAAAUUCGAAUUUCUGUUCUGGUCCUCCACCAAGAAUGCCGCCACCACCAAUGCAUCAAGGACCUAGAGAAUUUUGGCAUCCAGGAAUGGCCGAUGAACAUAUGAUGAUGCCACCGCAUCCAUCGAACAACAACAAUAAUAAUCAUAAUCAAUGGCAUCAUCAUCGAAAUUUUCGAAACAACAACAAUAAUAAUAAUUCUAGGUUUCAACAAAGAAAUCAAAGAUUAACAAAUUUUUUUUCAUAA